UUCUUGCUUUUAUCUUCCUUUCUCUUACGUCAAUGUAUUUCUCUUCCUGUACCCUCGUGAUUCUUGACAAGUUUUAAAUCGAUUAACCUAAGUAAUUCAAGUCCUUUACUUCAAAGCAUCCGAAAUUGUUAUCCUUAGUUUUUUGGUCUAAACACUUUCACGCUACAUAUAGUCUAUUUAUAUGUAUGUAUAUGUCUACCAAACUACAUCUACUGCCACACUUUCAAUAGAAUUAACAUAACAAUACCAACCACCAUGGAUAUAUUCAAGCUUCUUCUCCGAUCAGCUUUUCUAUUACUAUUACUCGGUAUAGCUGUUUCUACCCCUCCAGAAGACCCUAUCAAAUGCACUUCAGUAAACAUAAACUGCACCAUUACAAACUCUUAUGGCACUUUUCCGGAUCGAAGCAUUUGCCGAGCCGCAAACGUGGCCUAUCCCACAACAGAGGAAGAAUUAAUUUCAGUAGUAGCAAAUGCAACCAAGUCAAAAAGAAAAAUGAAAGCAGCCACUCGCUACUCUCACAGCAUCCCUAAGCUAGUUUGCCCAGAUGGUGAAGACGGGUUGCUUAUAAGCACUAAAUACCUAAACCAUGUAUUAUCCAUCGACGUUCGAUCAAUGACAAUGACCGUGGAGAGUGGCGUAACACUAAGGCAGAUAAUUAAUGAGGGAGCUAAUGCUGGACUCGCAUUGCCUUAUGCACCGUACUGGUGGGGGUUAACUAUUGGUGGUCUACUAAGCACAGGUGCUCAUGGAAGUACGCUGUGGGGAAAAGGGAGUUCGGUUCAUGAUUAUGUGGUGGAGCUGACCAUUGUUAGCCCAGGAGAACCUGAAAAUGGCUACGUUAAAGUCAGGAGACUUGAGGAAAGGAACAGUGAACUGAAUGCUGCCAAGGUUUCGCUUGGAGUUCUUGGAGUUAUUUCGAAGGUUACGUUGAAACUGCAACCACUCUUCAAGCGAUCCAUCACCUACGUGGCGAAGAAUGACACGGACUUGGGAGAUCAAGCCACUACCUUUGGCCAUCAACACGAAUUUGCAGAUAUAACAUGGUACCCUAGUCAACACAAGGCAAUAUACCGUAUUGAUGAUCGCAUUUCCUCUAACAUAUCUGGGAAUGGUCUGUAUAACAGUAUACCAUUCCGCCCUACACCUUCACUCGAAUUGUUACUCAUUAGACACACAGAGGAGAAUCAGGAAUCUCUGGGUGAUGCUGAAGGCAAGUGUAUUAGUGCAAGACUGACUUCAAAUGUACUGUUUACGUCAGCUUAUGGAUUGACAAACAACGGUGUUCUGUUUACAGGAUAUCCUGUAAUUGGAUAUCAGAAUCGCCUCCAAUCAUCAGGGACCUGCCUUGAUUCUCUCGAAGAUGCAUUUAUAACAGCUUGUCCAUGGGAUCCAAGAGUAAGAGGCGAGUAUUUUCACCAAACUACCUUCAGCAUUGGCCUGUCGGCCGUCAAGAGCUUUGUCCAAGACGUGCAAGAGCUAGUCAAAUUGGAACCUAAAGGCUUAUGCGUUAUAGAACAGUACAAUGGUAUCCUCAUGAGAUAUGUUAAGGCAUCAAGUGCAUACUUUGGCAAGCAAGAAGAUGCAAUAGACUUUGAUAUCACAUAUUAUCGAAGCAAGGACCCAAUGACUCCUAGAAUGUAUGAAGAUAUACUUGAAGAAAUAGAACAAAUGGCGGUGUUCAAGUACGGAGCUUUGCCGCACUGGGGAAAGAACAGGAAUGUAGCUUUCAAAGGAGCUAUCAAGAAAUACAAGAAUGCAGGGGAAUUCUUAAGGGUAAGGCAGAUGUAUGAUCCAAUUGGGUUGUUUUCUAAUGAGUGGACAGACCAAGUUCUUGGACAAAAAGAAGGGUUGAUUAUAGUUAAGGAGGGAUGUGCGUUAGAAGGACUGUGUAUAUGCUCGGAGGACAUUCAUUGUGCCCCAAAAAAGGGCUAUCUGUGCAGACCUGGCAAAAUUUAUAAGCAUGCAAGGGUUUGCACUCUAGUCAGUAGUAACAAGAACUGAAGUAAUGAAUAUUCAUUAUGGGAUCACUAAGAAAGAGGGGCGUUAUUAUAUAUGUAUGCAUUAGAAGUGUAUUCUCUUGUUCUUUGGUUUUUAAGCCGCGCAUAUUAGACUAAUAGCUGGAAACUGCUACAUACGCUACCUGAUACUAUACAAAAGAAAACAGAAUCGGUAGAAGUUUGCUAUUGUUUGAAACGAAAAUAGAGUGCAAUUAGAAUCUCCUAUCUUUUUAGUUGGA